UAAUAACAGGGGCUCACAAGUCACACCUCAGACUCAGACCUCACAUCCAAUCCCCAAACAUUUAUGUAUAUAACUACACAUACUUACUACAAUACGUAUACGUAUUAACUCAUUUAUACUGUAUGAUCACGACUUAUUUUAUUUUACGCAUGUUGGGGUAGCUAGCUAGUGACUUUCUUAUCCUGUGCACCCUCCCCGUGCUUCUUCUGACACUCAACCAGCAAACUCUCCCACACACACAGCCAUACCAGCACGUGUUCGUUAUGUAAUUGUCAAUUUUUUUAUUCUAACAUAAUUGACUCACUGAACGAGUCACUCUGGUCCCACUCACCUUCUAUUCUACCACCAUUUCUGAAACUUACUACUACUAACUUCUGGCUUUGUCUGUCUCUGACUCGCUCACUCAGUGACUCAGUCUCAAACACUCAAACUCAACCAAUGACGCGAAAGGUUUCAAAUUUCUCCGAUCUGAUCCAAAGGGUCACUGCUUCUUGUCUCCUUAACCCACUUGUUCCAGUAAGAAAGGUACUUGAAGAUGAUUCACCUUACGAAUCAGAAGAAAACAGAGACGAAGAAGAAGAACAUUAUGAUAUUGUUGAUGACGAUGAUGAUGAAGAAGAAGAAGAAGACGAAGAAGUUGACCCUUUGGAGGAGAAUGACAAUUUCAACGAAGACAAAAUGGUGGGUAUGAAGAUUUUGAAGAUGAAGCAAAUGGAAGUGAUAAUGGAAGAAGUUUUUGAAACGGUGUCGUCUAUGAAAAGAGCGUAUGUGAAGUUACAGGAAGCACAUUCACCAUGGGACCCAGAGAAAAUGAGGGUUGCUGAUGUAGCUGUGGUUUCUGAGCUGAGGAAGCUUGCUGUGUUGAGAGAACGCUUCCGUCGGAAUGGCGGAGGUGGUGGUAAGAAGGGUGGUCGGAGAAGAGGUUUUGGUGUGGCGUCGGUGAGGGAGGUGGUGGCACCGUAUGAAGCAGUGGUGGAAGAGUUAAAGAAUGAAGUGAAGGUGAAGGAUUUAGAAGUUCAGAAUUUGAAAGAGAAGCUUGAAGGUGUUGUUGCUCUUUCAAGUAAUGGUAGUGGUGAAAAGAAACCAGGAAGGUCUCAAUCUAAGAGGAAACUAGGAAUUCAAGCAAUUGCAGCAGUUCCCACACCAGAACUAUUUGAAACAACUAUGGUACAAGUAAGAGAAGCAUCAAAGUCCUUCACAUCUAUGCUUUUAUCUCUAAUGCACAAUGCACAUUGGGAUAUAACAGCUGCUGUUCGUUCAAUUGAAGCAGCUACUGCUUCCACUGACAAAUAUCAUAAUGCUUCAACUACAUCCAUUGUCUCAUCUCACCAUGCUAAGUAUGCACUUGAUUCCUAUAUAUCCAAGAAGAUCUUUCAAGGGUUUGAUCAUGAAACUUUCUACAUGGAUGGCAGUCUAUCUUCACUUCUCAACCCUGACCAGUUUCGUCGCGAUUGCUUCACUCAAUACAAGGACAUGAAGUCCAUGGAUCCUGCAGAGCUUCUUGGGAUCUUACCGACAUGUCACUUCGGCAAAUUCUGUUCAAAGAAGUACCUUGCCAUUGUUCAUCCCAAGAUGGAGGAGUCCUUGUUUGGUAACUUGGAUCAGAACAGUCAAGUUCAAGCAGGAAGCCAUCCCAGGAGUGAGUUCUACAAUGAAUUUUUAGGGUUGGCCAAGACUGUGUGGUUGCUUCAUUUACUGGCAUUCUCGUUGAACCCUCCACCGAGUCAAUUUGAGGCAAGUCGUGGAGCUGAGUUCCAUCCACAGUAUAUGGAUAGUGUGGUGAAAUUUUCCGGUGGGCGGGUGCCGGCUGGUCAAGUUGUAGGGUUUCCAGUUAGCCCUGGAUUUAAGCUUGGGAAUGGAUCUGUUAUAAAAUCUAGGGUUUAUUUGAUAGCCAGAACAUAAUGUUUUAGGAUUAAUAGGCUACUGAUGUAAUAUGAAAAUCCUUUAGUUGGGUUAUUGUUUUUUGGGUGAAUUCAGUUUGAACAUGUACUCUCAUGACAUUAUUUUGAAUUAGACCUUGAAGUAAUAAUGGUAUAGUUAAUUCUCUAAAAA